UUCUUUAGUAGUAAAAAAAAAAGAACCAUCGCCACACUCCACAGAUCAUUUGAUUGGCCGGAGUUCCAGGCAUGUCUGGUGACGUCAGAGGAUUUCCUUAUAAGGCAAAGGGAGGUCCGGUCGGGUCAUAGUAAGCGAAGCUGCUGCUGCCGGUCUGUGAGAAGCUGCUCAGCCUCAGAGGAGACACUUGUGAGCUGAGAAUCCCCCAUGGCGAACAGAAAAACGUCUCUGCUCGCUAAAGCGCUGCUGGAUCUGAGUGAAGUCCGCUCCCCCAAGGCUGUUAGCGGGAUCAGAAGAGCCCAGCUCAGACAUCUAAGUUCCUUAACUCCCAGGAGAUGCAGUCUCCAGCUUCCCUCUGUCACCGCCCUGAACGCACCAAGCCGGAGCUUCAUCAACCUGGUAGCUGCCAUCAGCGCCCGCAGGGUGGAAUACACAGAGACCCGGACACUGGAGUACUCUCCGGAGCAGAUGUACAGCGUAGUGACCAAUGUGGACAAGUACCAACAUUUUGUUCCGUGGUGUAACAAGUCCCGGGUGAUUAAAGGGCGCAACGGCGCCGUCCAGGCAGAACUUGAAAUAGGGUUUCCCCCAAUCACGGAGAGAUACAUUUCUGACGUUACUUUUGAUCCAAAUCACCAAGUUAGAGCUAUUUGCACUGAAGGAUCCCUGUUCAACCAUCUUGAAACAAUAUGGAGGUUUGCCCCCGGAGCCAAAGACCAGCCAAACUCCUGCCAAGUGGAUUUUUUUGUGUCCUUUGAGUUCAAGUCUCUUUUGCACUCUCAGCUGGCCAGUAUGUUCUUUGAUGAAGUGGUGAAACAAAUGGUCAACGCCUUUGAGUCGCGGGCAGCUGCACUUUACAGGAACCACACCAGCGCAGUAAUAAGAAGGACGCCGGCGCUGAGCAACACCCUCUGACCUCUUUGAAACGACAAAUGAACGCUUUACUGCCGGCCUGCUGACGCUGCUGGAUGUUCUCUUUGCACACUGUUGUUGAGUAAUCAUGUAUUUAAUGUCUUUAAACUUUAUUUAUAACCCAAAAGCUGAUUUUUAAAGUAUAUUUUAUUUAUUUAUUUAAUGAAAUGAAAUGAUUUCAAUUUGUCCAGACAAAGUUGCUGUGAAAAUGUUCAUUUUUUUCUGGAUUAUCCACCAAGAAAGUGUUAAAUGACAAUCAAAGAGGCUUAAACUGUGACUCAUUUAUUGACUCUGUGAUCUUUAAACGUGUAUUGCCGAGUUUGGGUGACCAUACAGCGUGCAUUUACGAGAAUGUUGCGUAAAUGACCGGUGACCUCAGGGCACCGUUGACCCCUUCCCUCCCACUUAUU